GCCGCUUCUGUCUCUCCUGGCACGAGCGGAACCAGUCGCAGUCCGAACCACCUAGCAGCCCGACGAAGGAGACCCGAGGAUCCACACCUGGCGACACCCGGCCGACACCUGGCCGACACCUGGCGCGAGUCGACGGAGAUCGUGCCGGAGAACCCUUGGCCAUGAGCUCGGCCCCGGAAGCAUGCAGCCACUGAGAAAGCUGGGCCGGCCGAGCCUCGGUACAGGUGAGCAGAGCAACGUCACAGCGGCGGAAGUUUGCCCUGAGACGCGUACCGGACUUCCUCUUCUGCAAGUAUGGCCGAGCGAUUCGCCGAGGGGCGAGGCCGAUGGCCAGGCACAGGCGUUUGUAUUCCCCGAUGUACAAGAGAACGUCAACGACAGCGGGAUCGAGUCCAUACAGGUACCAAUCACUGGAACCGAUUCCGCAUCGCCGUCACCGUGUGGCGUAGCAAGCACCAGCCCCGCGGCGACGCCCCAGCAAUCCCGUCGCGCCAGUCUACUGCAUCCGGACCAUGCUCGACUGCAGUUGCACCAUUUGCAUCACAAUCACCACAAUUCCGGGACUAAGAGUCCGCCGACACCGGACCGAACGUCCGUCGACGAGGAACCACCCCCGCUUCCGCCGAGUCCCUCGAGUUCAACCACCAGCAGCCUUCGCUCGAUGCCCAGCUCUGCAAUCACGUCGAUGCACUCGCAGGACAGGAGACGCAGCAGCAGGUACAGCAUGUUCGACCUGGACCUGGAAUACGCCCUUCUGAGGGCGGCUGCACGCGGCUCCGUGGGCCCAUACUCGCUCUCGGAGUCCCUGCACAAGCUGACCUUCACCCAGAGCCUGGCGUUCCCGGCCCUGGCCCGCGGUCUCGCCUCGAAACAAAGCAUCCCGACCAGGAGGCCCCAGCAGCACACCGAAAGCGGACUAAACGCCUUCGCGAAAGUGGUGACCGCGUUGGUUCUCGUUCUAGUCAGCGUGCUGGUCUUCGGUGUGGUGUACAAGUUCGUGAGAACGUGAGGCUGGCUGCUGGUGCCGGAUCGACAGUCUGCCGCGUCGCAGGAGUUCGAUCGCUCAGGCGCCGGCGAUCCUCUCGACGAUUGACUCGGUCGAGCUUCUGGUUUAUUUCGAUGAUCGAUGUUCGACGUAGCGCUGGACAGCCGGGGAAAUCGUUGGUUCGGGGCGUUCGAGCUGGUUUCGAGAAGUUUGAGGUGGUCUCGAACGGUUUGAGAAGGUUGGAAGCUAUUUGAUAACGUCUCAAGCGGUUUAGAAACACUCGAGGAAGGCGAAGAACCUGUGGAACUCGAAGAGAAACUGACAGACCAGUGUUCGUAGAUGGUUUGCGAAUGUUUCCGGACAGUCUGAAGGUGUUUGACGAGUUGAUGUCGAGAGAGCGAAUGUCUGCAGACGAAAUUGUAGUAGUAAGAGAUCUUACGGUUGAUGAUUCGGGUCGCUGUACCGACUUCUCGAGUUCUUUCGCGGCGUUUGAAGACGUUCGAAGGUGCUUGAAGAGAAGUCAUUCGGUGAACCAAUGUAUAGCGUAUUUUGAAAGGAAGUCGAAAAAUCGAGGGGAGCUCCGAGUUUCGAAGGCGUUUGAGUAAGUUUGAAGGAAGUUCGAAGAUGUUUGAAUGAUAACCGAGCCUCAAACUCGCCGGAAAGAGGACAAACCGGUCCCGGGUAGUUCGGACUCGUUUGUGAAUUUGGCGGAACCUCGGAAUUAGUCGAAAGAUAGAACGUAACGAACGAGCUUGAUCGGAAACAAUAAAAACCGCGGGAUUUAAAUUUUGAUACGGUGCUGACUAAUCAGGAACCUUUCGUAGCGACGUCGGCGAGCGUUUUUACUGCGAGAAUGAGAGAAGUUCCGCGUCGGCGGGCAGCGCGCGUUGACGAGAGAAUUCGCCGUUAACGAUUUCACGCGAACAAUUUCAAGUAAUCGGCUAGAAUUCGCGCAUUGACUCGCUUGCUUGAGUAAUCCACGUGUCGGCAGGUGUAACCCGCGACCCUUCAAGUGCUUUACACGAUCCUCUGCGCGAUGACAAUCGCGUACGACGUUCCAGGCCGCCGUUUUUACGCGGACGCGUCGACGGAUAUCGCCGCUAAUUCCGAGGAGUCGAGUCGCUUCGGCAAUUAACGGCCGCGGAUCGACGAAAAUUUUUCCCAUUUUCGGAAUGAUUGGGCAACUUUCGAGUUGUCGUCGACGAGACUCGAAGCCCGCGGAAUGUUUCCUAGAAUUUUCUUUCGUCAGAUCUGCUUCGUUUCGAUGCACACCGGCGGCUCGAAAAUGUUUCGUCGUCGACGAAUGAUUUCGACCAGAGAGGAUACAGACAUUACCUGCGAAAAGAAUUAUGCACUUUCUGUGUCUUGUUAAACGAGGAUACAGCUACAUCGACAGUGCAUGGCAAUCGACAAUCACGAAACAGAAAACUGCAGCUCUUUUUCCGAAUUGAAUCUUUGAAUAAACGGCGUCGAAAACGGAGAAACAUUUUCGGACUACGGUGUUCGGAUUUCAACAUCGAUCGAUCGUGGAUGAGAAAAAAAAGAGUCGUUUCUAUCUGAUACACAAGUUUGAAAUGAUCAAUUUCCUUAAGAGAUUUCUAAACAGCAUUUUGAACGAAAUUCAAGAGGAUUUUUCCCAAGCGUACUGUUGAUACUUUGCACAAGAUAAUCGUGAAUUAUAUAUACGUACAUAUAUAUGCUAUAUGUAUAUUGUAAUCGCGUAGAGUUUGUUCCACGAAAUGCGAACAUGAAAGUAAUAAUUUGAUCUGCUGUUAACGAAUCGCAAACUAAAACAAGAAGUCAGCGAUUUCUUUAGAUAGGUUGCAGCGUGAUAAUUGUACCCGCGUCUUUUGGAACAGCCUCUACCCGACGAACGUUGCGUGAACGCGUUUCUUCGACGUUGUCAAGGAACCAACAUUCCGAAGUGAAUUCCAACGAAACUCGAUCACGGCGGCGAGCGAUUACGCUCUCGAUCAUGGUCCUCUUUUAAUGUGCAACAUUGGAGGAACCGGCAAGCAGCGAGUGCGACAGGAUUCUUUUUUACCUCGAAAAUCAAAGCCACGGUCACGACGAUUUGUAAAAACGAGGGGAGGUCACCCAGAAUCGCGAAUAUUUUUGCAGGAAGCGUUGCGAAAUUUCUAUCCGGAGAUCAGAUCGCGAUUCGAUCACCGUUCUCGCUCACGUAGAUCCACGAUUAAGAAGCUCGCGUUAAGUAAGCCGAUCUCUCUCCGUUCCCCUUCUUUCCCUCGAUCGAUUCUAUUUUUUGACGAUCGUACGGCUAACGGAAAAUCGAUCCCGAUUUUUCUCCGAUCGAUCCGGUUCUUCCGGCUGUAAGUUUUUGAAAAUUACAGAACGAAGUUCUCGAUCCGCGAUCGGCAAAUCCAGCUUGCCCGACCAUAACGAUUCUCGUUCUACUUAAACCGAAAUUGUAUACUCGACACGAUUCGCAGACAUUCAGAUUCCUUGCGCGAUUUCGUACGAACGCAAGUUUCAUAUUUCAGCCUACGUUUUACUAAAAUAUUUCGAUUAAAACAACGGUCCUUCGAAACUUCGAUCCUUCCAGCGGAGGACCAACCGAUUCUCGAUUGCAAAUUUAACGGACCACGUAGCGUGGUCCUAAAUCUCAUGUAUGAAUCUUGUUACCUAAGAGAAAAUAAACGUUCAUUUAUAGCAAA